UUGCUCUUUUUCUCAUUCGUCUCUCUGGCUGUGUCAGUCUAGGAAGUAAGCGUGUGAGGUUGCCUGCUGUCACUGCAACAGUCAUUGUCACCAGAGGUCUCGCGCGGGCGUGGGUGACACACCAUCACGAUGGGAGGAAGGGGACGGGACAUGUGUUUGUGACAUCUUUUGCUACAGAACGGGACAGAAACAGUUUUACAGAACCUUUGUGACAAAACUGGAUGAUUGUGAGGUGUUUUUUACACAAGACAGGACUAGUGUUUGGUUGAACUUUUCUUACAGCAGGCUACUAGGAGAAGUGUUGGUGAGGUGUUUUGUCAUGGAACACAAGUGUCUUUUGUCGAAAAACAGAAUGGCUGUUUGAAUCUUUUUUGCUACACUGGUGGGUUGCAUGUGCCAAGACUUCAUAUAUCUUUUUCUGAAGUGUUUUUGUUCUUAUGUCUUUCUGAAGUGCUGAUGAGGUGUUUUGAAGACCUUCUGCCACAGCACUGCACAAAGUAUUGUUGAGAUCUAUUGCCACAGUAUUGGACUUUGUGAGAUCUUUUUGCUGCCAGUUGGGACUCCUCUCUGUGAGGCCUGGACAAGUCUUUGUGAGGUCUGGAUGAGUGUGUGAGGUCUACAUAAGUGUUUCUGAUCUCUGGACAAGAGUUUCUGAGGUCUCCACGCGUGUUUGUGAGGUCUGCAAAAGUGUGUGUGAGGUCGUUGUAUCAACAUGGUGCCUUCAGAAGAUGGGGACGCCACAAACAGCGAGACGCUCCUCCGCCCUCCUGAGCAGGGUCAUGGUGGAGCUGGUCACGGGUCCACGAGAAGCCGCCAGAGACAGGGUUCUCCAGCUCGCAGACUGGGAAUGACCCGCCGCUUGAAGAAGGAUCUCAAGGAGACAGAGAAUCCAGUGGAGGCUCAGAAGAGACACAAGGAGUUUGAGCUGAAGCCUCUGUAUAAGGAGUUGCUGUAUACUAUUGCCCAUAGACAUGGCAUGCCCUCCACAAAGGAGGUUCACACCGAUGACCAGCUGUACAACUACAUUCAACAGGCUUUCAACAUGACAGAUGAUGAGCACCAGGCUUUGAUGGAAAAAGUUCAAGGAACAGAGCCUCCGGUGUGUGCCCUGAUGGUCACCGUAAAGGAAGCCAAAGGCAUUCUGGGAAAGGACAUCAGUGGCCUGAGUGACCCGUACUGCAUCCUGAGUAUCCUCCAGAACUCUAAGGAGAAGAGUACUCGUAAGGCGCAGGUGAAGCCCAAGAAGGCCGUGGUGAAGGACGCCGCCUCUGACAAAGAGAUCAGCCGCACCGCCGUCAAGAAGCAGACGCUCAACCCCAAAUGGGACCAGACCUUCUUACUGCAGUUUGAAGACCCGGCUGGUGCCAGCCUUCAUGUGGAAAUGUGGGAUAAGGAUGAGGAGCUGUCCCUUGUUCAGAAGUUAGAGGAUUUGGGCUCAAACUUACAGCAGGGGUUUGCCAGGAUGAUUAAGGAUGCUAAGAAGGAGAAGGGAGAGGAUGACUUCCUCGGCAGAAUUAAACUGCAGCUAGAGAACCUCCACUGUGUAGAGGACAGGUGGUAUACUCUGGAGCCGCGAACUGAGACCUACCCAGACCGCGGGAAAUGCCAUCUGCAGCUCAAAUUCAUACACAAAGAGAGGGACGGGACCCUGAGUGCUGGCAGGAGUGCGUAUGUCAACUACUGUGGAAUACUGCAGCAGUUUGUCCAGGCACACAUCGCCAAACAGGAGGGUAGCGACUCGUGGAAAGGAGACCUCUGUGAAGAGGGUACAGCUCUGUUAGAGUUCUACGCCACACAGAACGACCUCUCACCCUUCCUACAGGACCUGGGGAAGUGGGUGGCCUACAGUAAGCUGUACCAGAGUUUGGAGGUGGACUCCACACUGCUGUUCCAACAGCUGACUAGUAUUGAAUACCACUGGGACCAGCAGGAGCUGCCUUAUCAGCAGAAGCAGGAGUUGGGGGAUUCCCUGCAUGGCUUCCUGCAGUAUGGCCUGUGUCUGGUGGCCAAAUACAGGGACAUCUUCCUCCCCAAACCAGCCAGCACCUCACGACUACACACACUGCUCAGGGUGAUGGUCCAGAUCUGCAAGACUAGAGCGUUCCAGAUGCUCAACCCAGCUCAGUUUGACCUGCAGGUGGAGGUCACAGAUUUUGUUAAAACAGGUACUGAGGAGUGGUUUAACAUCAAGAAGGGCCUCCACCAGCCCAUGACCAAAGACCUGUCUGAGCUGGUGAACGCCCUGUCCAAACUGAUAGCUGAGAUCAAGGAGGACAUUCGCCUCAGCAAAGACGUGUGGAACAAAGUCUUUGUCAGUGCGGUGCAGGUGGAUGUGUUCACGGUGGUCUACCAGAGGACAGACAGCCUGUUAGCAGAGGAGAUGCGUCAGACUCUGAGUCAGGUGGAGCAGCAGAUGGAAGCCAGUCUGGCCAACGCUCUCUUCCCCGUCUACCUCAGCCUGCAGGAAAUACACAAGGACAAGGCCUUCCUACAGAAGAGGAACCACCUGUUGCAGCUGACUAACUUCCAGGAGUGUUUCAGAGAGGCCCUCCCCUACUGGCUCAGCAAGGCCUUCAAUACCACCAUGGAGAGAGUGGAGAAAGCAGUCCAGGUGGACCAGCUCCAGCCUCUUCAUGGUGGUGUAAAACACAGUUCGUCAGCAGUGGACCUGGCCGCGUGUCUGCAGCCGAUAGCCAAGCUGUGGGAGCAGCUCUCAUGGCCCGACCCAGAGGAGGGAUUCAUGCUCAUGGUCAAACUCACAGAGGACAUGUGUAAGAUCUCCUCCACCUACUGCCAGAUGUUGAAGCAGCGAGUGAAGAAACUCUCAGAGGACUCAGACCAGGGCAGUGCCAUCAACAUGCUGUGUGUGGUGGUGAACGAUCUAGAGCACCUGAGGUCCGUCCUCACCCCACUGCCGACGCGGCUGAACUGGGCGGGGCUUCAGGAGCGCACGCGUCAUGUGAUCACCGAGGGACAGUUCCAGAACACGCUGCCCUCUCAGCUGCAGCACACGCAGGCCGCGCUCAGCAGAGAGAUCCGCUCAGCUGUGGACACACUAGGGAGACAGCUUAAUACAGAUAUCGAGAGCCAUGUCAGGAGUAUGGCAACAAGAAAGAGACUUCCCUCUAAGUCUACUGAGGAUGCGGUGUACCCUCUGAUGCGCUACCUGGAGAAAGAGCUCCAGUACAUGAAUGAGAACCUCGUUCAAGAGAACUUCAACAGCCUGCUCACCCCAUUGUGGACCAACUCUCUGAAGAUUCUGCAUCAGGUGUCGACACAGGAGGAGGGGAACCUGGUCUACUUCCAGAGGCUACACUACACACUCCAGUGUUUGGAGCAGUGUUUCCAUGCCGGAGGAAAUGGCCUACCACUGGAGACACUCCACACAGACCAGUACAAGCUGGUGAAAGGUCACCUUACCCAGAACGCGCUGGACAGCAGACAGCUGAUCGAGAAGUUCCUGGAGAGAAGGGUGUGGGACCAGAAGGUGGUCAGCGGUGAGCGUUAUGGAGCGGUGACGUUGAUCGUCUCCUAUCGACGUUCGGAUCACAAACUGCGUGUGGAAGUUCUCAACGCUAGCAGCCUGAUACCGCUGGACUCUAACGGUUCUAGUGAUCCGUUUGUGCAGCUGUCUCUAGAGCCGCGACAUCUCUUCCCCGAGGUGGAACAGAGGAGCACCAAGAUCAAAAGCUGUGACCUCAACCCCCUCUUCGAGGAGACCUUCGAGUUUAUGGUGUCUCUAGAUCAGUGCCAGUGUCCCGGUGCGUCGCUCGUGGUGACAGUGUUGGACCAUGACACGUUGCGUAGUGACGAUUUCGAGGGCGAGGCCUUCUUGUCGCUACGCGCGGUGCCGGGGGUUGGGGGCAGCACGGACCCCCAGAGCCCAGACUGUGACCCGCCCCCCGCUCAGAUACGACUACCACUGAUGCAUCCCAAACCCAAUAGUGAUAACUAUCUGCGACUGCUGGAGGCCAGGCGAGAGGAUCGGGAGGCCCAGGCCUUCGUCAAACUGCGGAGGCAGAGAGAGAAGAAAUCAAAAGAGCUCUGAAGGAGGGAGGCAAGGAGAGAUGGAGAGAGGAUGAGAUGGAAGGGUCAUGAGGUGUGAACAAGGAGAGCGGUGGGAGGGAUGGAGGAGAGGAGGGAUGGAGGGGAAGAGGGAUGGAGGAGAGGAGGGAUGGAUGGUUUUAAUCAAAUAUGUUUGAUACUGGAUGGAUGGAGGCCCAUGCCUUUAUCAAGCUGUGGAGGCAGAGAAGAAAUCACAAGAGCUCUGAGGGACGGAGGGAGGGAGGGGUGAAGGGAGAAUGAUUGAAGGAAUGGAGGAAAUGAAGGGGGAGUAGAGGGAUGGGAGGACAGAAGAAAUCACGGGAGGUGUGAAAAAGGGGGGAAUUGAUGGUUGAGAGGAAGUGGGAGGAGGGGAGGAAAAUAUGAAUGAGAGAAGAACUUAGAGGAGGUGUAAAGAGGGGAUGGAUGGAUGGGUGGGUGUGUGGGUGGAAGAACAAGUGAAUAAAGGGAGGAAAAGAGAGAUGUGAGAAUUCCCAGGAGGCAUAAACAAUAAUAAUAAUAAUACUUUCGUUUUAUAUAGCGCCUUUCAAAACACCCAAGGUCGCUUCACAGAGUGUAGGAAAGUGUGAGUGUGUGUGCGCGUCAGUGCGUGAGCGUGUGUGUGAAUGUAAGUGAAAGUGCUUGUGGAACUAGCAGCCAUAAGCCUCCAGGAAGAGAUGUGUCUUAAGGUGUUGCUUAAACAUGGCCAGUGAAGGGGCAUUCAAGGGUGAGGGGCGGAGGGAUGGAUGGGAAAAAAGUAAAGGAAUGGAGGAAAUGAGGGAUGGGAGGAAUAACGAGUGAAGAAUAGGAGAAAGGCAAACCGGAUGAGGAGAGGAGGGCAAGAACAAGUGACUGAGGGGAAGGAUGGAGGGAUGGGGAGGAGGUUUAUCUGGAGACCUUGGAGGACUCUUAGACCUUGCAGGAAUAUCUGAAGAUCCUUGGGUCACGGACUGAUGAAAAUGGACAGCAAAUUUCGUCUCUGUAGUUUCUCCUCGACCAAGACAGCUUGCAAUGAACCAUCUCAUAAAACACUGAGGUCUCUCUGUACUUGUGCAGUAUGCACUCUGAACUGAAGAUGCUCUAUGGAUGAGGAGCGAAAAUAAUCACAAGGGACUUUGGAGAACGUGACCUGGAUCUGGACGAAUGAGAAUCUUUACAGGCGUUGUUGUUUUUGCUGAAUAAGUUGUCUAACUAACAAGCAACAUGGAUUCAGAAGCCACGUACUCCAAACAACCUGGUUUUACCUGUCUAAUUUGGAAAUCACCUGGUUGAAUUGGACAGGUAAAACCAGGUCAUUUGGAGUAUGCGGCACUGGAUUAUAGCUUCUGAAUACAGGUUUCUCAUCACUGCCUCUAAGCUGAGGACAAAUGGGUUGGAGAAAAAUGUAGGAGAAUCAUGGACCACCAGACAUACUUUUACAAGCCACCUCUCAUCGCUGUUGCAUAUGAAUUAUUAUAAUGUAUAACUCUUCAUGGUGGAUUAUAAAUCUAUCAAUCUUUUACAUUCCACACUUCUCUGUUACAUUUGUCCUCUAUUUACACAAUGGAACAGACUUGGUGUUUUUCGAUUAGACAUGGUGAUUUCUCUCUUGUCAGUCUCUUCUGUUGCAUCUGUGACAUUUUUUACGAUCUUGUGGAUUUGACAAGGCUGGCGAGGAGCAUCACGCACCAGAUGUACUUUUACUAGCCACCUCUCAUCUCUGCUGAAUGGGAAUUAUAACUCUUCAUGGUGGGUUCGACCAGUGUUGUAAUUUAACUAGUUCAAUUAACUAGUUCAUAAUUUGGGCGAACUUGAACUGAAAGCUCACUGUGUACUGCAUGGUGAACGAACUAUGAACUAGUUCAUUUUAGUGCCUGUGAAUGAACUGCAUAUGUGCCUUCGUUUAAUAGGGUGCCACACUUCCUUAGUGUUCAGGUGAAAUCCCAGCCAAAUACAUUUUAAAAGAGCCCCAAUAAUAUAAAAUGACAUCUAACAAAUAUAUAUUUCACUGUUUUGAUACAAAUGAAUGCCUGUCUGUGGUUUUAUAUAGGCUUUGUCAAUGAUAUUGAACAAUAUAGCUCGCAAUCUCUUGCAAAAAAGAACUGUCUAGUUCAUUUUUGGAAACUAUGAACUAACUAUUGACUAUGAAGAAUAAUGAACUAUGAAUGAACUACAAACGUAGCUCGUUUUGAAAUGUGUGAACUGAGCUUUGAACUAGUUCCUGUAGAAAAUGAACUUUCCCAACACUGGGUUAGACUCACUUUCUUGCUUAUAAGCCACCCUUCUCUGUUACAUCCAUCCUCUAUUUACACCAUGGAACUGACUUUGUGUUUUUGGAUCAGGUGCAGUGUGGUGAUUUCUAACUGUCAAUCUCUUCUGUUGCAUAGCUGUGACAUCCUAACUUUUGAACUCAGAGACUGUGAGUGACGGCUUCGUCAUUUAUUUAAGCCAACUCCCGUUUCUGUUGCAUGUGCACUGUAGAUCUUCAUCAUCAUGCAACAGAUUUUAUGCUUUUACACGCCUUUUCAUCUGUUAAGUCCUGAAAUGUGUCUGUUACAUCCUACAAUUAUACUGGUGUCUUCAUUA